CGGUGGUUUCCCUUGCGCGACUUCGCGAUCCGGGAUAUUAUUGUAAGGAACAUUUCCUCAGACUGCACAACAACCAACAACAGAGUGCACCUUGAACUGAACAGACUAGAAUUGGCGCAUCGACUCUCCUCUUUGCGGACUCUUCUCAACAAUGUUAUGACCACGUCGCGACCAUCCAUCAUGGCUCCCGCGCAAUCUUUCGUGACCACUUAUGCCCCACGAGUCCGCCAUUACGCCAAUACCCUACUCCAGCCAGUCCUUCAAACUCAGAGUGUCCUACCCAGCAGUCGAACCACGAAACGUGGCACAACGAUAAUAAACUAUGCCGACGACGCCUUUGACGACGAUGAUUUCGACGACAGCGAAGGUCCCAGACGGCCAACUGGUUUGCGAUCGCUGCGACGAGAAGAACUAGAGAAGAAAGAGCCGCAACAUGAGAAGCUAGGAAAGGAAAUACAUGCACCAGUAAAUUCGCAACCUAUCUACAGAGACUGGAUAAUCAGACGGACAGUCAAGCCCACGACCGAUGCCCAAGCGCAUAUUCAAGCACAACUCCCACUCACACUAAUACCUAUACGCAUCGAUCUCGAUGUUCCACCUCAUCAGCCCGACUCGCCCUAUCCCUUCCCUCGGGGUGGGAUGGAACUGGGCAUUAACCCGGCGCAGCCAGUCUUCAAGAGGCCAGAAAUGCUACCAGGCUACAAAAUCCGCGAUGUUUUCCUUUGGAAUCUGCAUGAAGAGCUCUUAACACCUGACGACUUUGCGCUGAAUUUCGUUCGCGAACUCGACCUACCGAAUCAGACCGCGCUUGCGAUGAAUGUUAGCCAGCAGAUUCGAAACCAAUUGGAGGACUACGCGGGCGUUGCGAUGCAUCCACUCUUCCAUACGCAGGCGAAAAAGACCCAAAUACCAGAGACCAACGCAGGAACCCCAUCGGCCCUGGUCAAUGGAAGUUCCCGUGAUGGCACGCCUCGGCCUUCGAUCAGUACUCCAGUAAUUCGGCCAGCCUCCACAACGCCAGGCACGCCAGCACCAUCCACUCCACGACCUGUAACGCUAAGUAAUGGCGCAAGCGUAACAGCCGUGGCGUCUCCCAUCCCAGCAGACCCUCAAAUCGAAAAGUCAAACGACCCAACCGAGGACUCCAACCUAAAUCCAGACGACUCUUUCCGCUGUAUUAUCACAUUAUCGAUAUACCUAUCUUCCAGACUCUACCAGGACAAAUUCGAGUGGUCGUUACUGCAUCCUCCCGGAGCCGCCGAAGCCUUUGCGAAACAGACGUGUGCGGACAUGGGCCUGAAUGGCGAGUGGGUGAUGGCUAUCACUCAUGCCAUCUAUGAAGCAGUGCUGAGACUGAAGAAGGAAGCAUGCGAAGGUGGUAUGAUUAUGAUUGGAGGAGGCACUUGGACUGGUGGAGAAAUCGACAACCAAGCAGUCCGCCCUGUAGAGGGUGCAGGCUGGAGAUACGAUGUUGACGAUUUUGGUUUCGAAUGGGAGCCGAAGUUCGAAGCUCUGAGCAAGGAGGAGAUUGAGAGAAGAGAAGGCGACAGAGAACGACAAUUGAGGCGACUCCGCCGAGAGACUGCCAAGUUCAGUUCCACAUCUGGUAUGGUUCCUUCGGCACGAGAGCAGGAAGCACAAAUGCGUGGAAGCUACUUCGACUAUACCGCGGUUGGAAAUGGUGGCGAAGAUACACCAUUGCUAGGCCGUGGAGAGCGCAGCAAGAAAAAACGAAGAUUCCGGUCUUUGAGUCCUGUUGCCAAAGCUCAAACGCCCGACAGCUCGGCGAGUGCCGCUUGGGGUGGUGAGGGCAAUCGACUACAGGAAUAUGAACGACAGACUUGGAGAUGCAAGCAUUGUCUCAUUUGGGGCAAUGCUAUCUGGGCGGUACGGGAUGGACCGCUUGGACCCAGGACGUUGUGCAACAAUUGUGGUCUGUUUUACGAACGAGACAAGAAGCUUCCAGUUUGGGCGGAAGCUCUGCACAGAAACGACAUUCCGCUUGGGCGGUAGUCGUUGUUGUGAAGUGGUGCGGAACCCAGCAGAGGGUUUGUGGCAUUGCAUUGAGCUAUCACAUUUCAAGUUGGGACUGGCAUCAUGAACUUGCUCAAAGCUAUUUCGAGGCAGGACACCAUGUUUUCACUCGUAUUGGGACGGUUCAUAGAUGUGUGAUUAUCAAAGGAGAAAGGUUCCAGGACCAGGGGCAUUCAUCGGCAAGGCGUUCUCAGGGCUGGACGGGGAAGUUCAUGCUUUUGAAAGAGAUCUGGAGUAUGUAGAACAGGAAGACGAGGAACAGAUAUGGUGAUUGUUGACGGUCAAGCCUAAGCGUCGGCGAAGCAACAUUGGAAGCCAACAAUUCAGGGAACCCUAAGGAAGAGUUGCUUGCCCCUGAUCUCUGUACGUGCAAGGCUGUCCUCCCGAAUGAGAG